AUUCUUUUUGCGCACACUGUCCCUCGCUAUGCUUUUACAUAACUAAAUGAAUUCUCUAAUUAUCAAUCAAAAGGCAAUCCCAAUCUCAGUUUCUAAAUUCAUAGCCAUAAUCCAUAACCAUUAUUUUAGUGCUAAAUCCAGCAACAGCUAUGGACAAAAAUAUCCGCCUCCUUUUCUUGAGCCUUAUCAGUUCUUCACCAAAUACAAAAAUUCCAAGCACCAUACUAUCAAAGAAACAAAAAUUAUCCAUACCCACUUGCUUACAACAGCUUUAUUUAACUCUGAUACAUUUGUUGCCAACUCUUUACUUGAUUGGUACUGUAAAGCUGGUGCCUUGCUUGACGCACUGAAACUGUUCGAUACAAUUCCUGAACGAAAUGUUAUUUCUUGGAAUGUUAUGAUUUCUGGGUUUAAUCGUAGUUUAUUGUUUCAAGAUUCUUGGGGAUUCUUUUGUCGGAUGUAUUUUUCGGGUUUUGAACCGAAUGAUAUUACAUAUGGGAGUGUUCUGUCUGCUUGUGCUGGUUUACAAGCUACAAACUUGGGUGAGCAGGUCUAUUCGGUUACGAUAAAGAAUGGAUUUUGUUUCGAUGGUUAUGUUCGUGCUGGAAUGAUUGAUUUGUUUGCAAAAAAUAGUCGGCUUGAAGAUGCUUUAAGGGUGUUUGAUGAUGUAUCAUCAUGUGAAAAUGUGGUUUGUUGGAACUCUAUCAUUUCUGGGGCGGUUAAGAACGGGGAGAAUCGGAUUGCUUUGGAGAUUUUUAAUCAUAUGUGUCGAAGGUUUCUGGUUCCAAACAGUUUUACGUUUUCGAGUAUUUUGACUGCUUGUGCUACUCUUGAGGAAGGUGAAAUUGGGAAAGGAAUUCACGGGUGGUUGAUUAAAUGCUGUGCUAAAGAUAUCUUUGUGGAGACUGCUAUUGUUGAUAUGUAUGCUAAAUGUGGGGAGAUUGGUGAGGCUGUAAAGGAAUUCUCUCGAAUGGACAUUCGCAAUGUAGUAUCGUGGACCGCUAUAAUAUCUGGCUUUGUUAAACGGGGUGAUUCUAUCUCUGCCAUUAAAUUCUUUAAAGAAAUGAGGAAAUUGAACGGAGAAAUAAAUAACUUUACUGUUACUAGUAUAAUUAGUGCAUGUGCCAAACCGGAUUUAAUUAAAGAGGCAAUGCAAAUCCAUUGCUGGAUUCUGAAAAAUGGAUUUUAUACUGAUCCGGUGGUUGGGGCUGCUCUAAUUAAUAUGUAUGCAAAAAUGCAUGCUAUUGGUUUGGCAGAGACGGUGUUUCGAGAAAUGAAAGAUGUAAAGAACCCAGGAAUAUGGGCUAUUAUGAUUUCUUCUUUUGCUCAGAAUCAGAGUUCUGAAAGGGCAAUUGAGAUGUUGCUUAAAAUGCUACAGGAGGGUCUGAGACCAGAUAAGUUUUGUGUAUCUAGUGUCUUGAGUGUUAUAGACUCUUUGUACUUAGGGAAGCAAAUCCAUGGCUACACUCUUAAAACUGGAUUUGUCCUUGAUCUAUCUGUCAGUAGUUCUCUUUUUACGAUGUAUUCAAAGUGCGGUAGUUUUAGGGACUCUCGCAAAGUCUUUGAGCAGAUUCCUGUCAAAGACAAUAUUUCAUGGGCGUCAAUGAUCAGUGGUUGCACAGAGCAUGGCUAUGCAGAUCAAGCUUUUGAGCUUUUUAGAGAAAUGCUGUCUGAAGGAACUAGACCUGAUCAGACGACUCUCUCUGCAAUUUUAAAUGCUUCCUCUAGUAUUCACUCCUUGAGGAAAGGUAAGGAAACUCAUGGUUAUGCUUACCGUGCUCAUAUGGGCACUGAAGCACCACUUGGUCCUGCACUGGUUACUAUGUAUUCUAAAUGUGGUGCUCUUGAAUCAGCAAGGGAAGUAUUUGACAUGCUUGCAGUAAAAGAUCAGGUUUCAAGUUCUUCUUUAGUUUCAGGAUAUGCACAAAAUGGACUACUUGAACAGGCAGUGGAGUUGUUUCAUGAAAUUUUGAAGUCUAAUUUUAUGAUAGACUCUUUCACUAUUUCAUCUGUUCUUGGUGCUAUUGCACUAUUAAACAGGUUGGAUAUCGGAAUUCAACUUCAUUCCUAUCUCACGAAAUUUGGUUUAUAUUCAGAUGUUUCAGUUGGAAGUUCACUUGUUACAAUGUACUCAAAAUGUGGAAGCAUUGAGGAUGGCCUUGCAGCAUUUAAUCAGAUUGACGAGCCUGACUUGAUAAGCUGGACAACAAUGAUUGAUAGUUAUUCUCAGCAUGGAAAAGGAGUAGAGGCUUUAAGAAUCUAUGAGCUAAUGGUGAAACAAGGAAUUAGACCUGAUUCGGUUUCUUUUGCUGGGGUUCUUUCUGCCUGUAGCCAUGCCAAUUUGGUCGAAGAGGGCUAUCUCCAUUUCAAUUCCAUGACCAAAGACUUUGGCAUUGAGCCAAAUAACCGUCACUAUGCUUGUAUGGUUGAUCUUCUCGGUCGUGCAGGUAAACUAAAAGAGGCUGAAAAGUUUAUUGAAAGUAUGCCUAUUGCUCCUGAUGCCUUAGUAUGGGCAACACUGCUUGCUGCUUGCAAACUACAUGGAGAUUUUGAGCUCGGGAGGAGAGCGGCAAAAAAGGUUAUCGAAUUAAACCCGAGCGAUGAUGGAGCUUAUGUCUUGUUAUCAAAUAUCUUUGCAGAUGCAGGGCAGUGGGAGGAAGUCCUCCAGAUUAGAAGCUCGAUGACAGGAGCUGGGGUCAAGAAAGAAGUUGCCUGGAGUUUAAUGUGAAAAGCAAUGUCUUAGGUGGUCUUAUUUUAAGUGGUUUUACAAGAACAGAACAUGCCACUCCAGGAAGAUCAGCCAGGCAAACAGAUGAGUUUUCUGGUGUAUUGUCAAUCAUUGGUUAAGAUAGAAGAUAUGGAUGCAAAUCAGGAUACUUUCAGAAGCAGUUUUGGUGCAUGUAACUUGCCAUCCAUCGCUAUCCUUAAGUUAUCAGAAUUCACUGGGGUUUGGCUGUUCUUGCUUGCUCUUGCCUCAUGGUGUUGGGGGAGCAGAAUUUACAGGGCAUAGGACCUUCAACUGCAGACUAAACUGCAAACAUGCAAGAAGGACUGGAGUAUUGUCCAGUGAUGUACUUUUCCCUGAUUCUAAACCAGGAGACCUUUUAGCAAAUUCAACCUGUUUCCUUUAGAUAAAAGCAAGAUUAUACUGUCAUUUCACAGGAUAUUAUAGGUCACGAAGAGCCGGUCAAGUAAAUACCUCCGAUAAUCUGAAUGGCUCGCCAGUUCAUGUCAUUAUUGAGCUUACCCGUGGCUUGACUAGAUUCAUAAAACUUCCCAUGUCAAUACCUGGAGAGCAUGCACGGGGCCAAUGGAACUGUCUAAACCAAUGUCCUGUUAGUAUUACAGAAUUGCAACUGCUAGAGUCUGAACCAGUAGCACUUCUUCUGCAACAUGAUUAUCACCUUGGCAAGCAUUCCGUAUAAUUAUGUUGACUGCUUAAUCAUCCCCAGAUUCAUCCUGUAAACAAUUACACAGCGGAGUAAAAUAUACAACACAGCAGAAAAGUAAAUUCACAAAAAGAAGAAGUGAAUCAGGACUAACAUUGUUUUCUGCAGUAAAUUAGUCUAGGCCAUUGGAGCUGCAAAGUACGUCGUUCUGGAAACAUAUAAGUCGGGGUCCAUGUUCAAUUUUCAUUUAACUAAUGUAUAAAAGUCCCCUCUUGUCCAUCAAGAAUGUAAUCUGCGUGCUCUUUUAUAAGUCAUGCUAAAACCUUCUUGGAAUCUUUCUUCUUUUGUAACUUUUUAUCUCUAAUGCCGUCAUAAAGAAGUUCAUAUGCAUAAUAUGUUA